AAAGAAAAAAGAGAUGGGUAGCAUUAAUCAGAUAGCAUUGGGUUGCGGAAUAGCUACUGUCAGAGUUUCAAUGGCGAAACCAUCGUGGGCUGUGAGAGCUGAGCUUCCCGGAGCCCCUGAUCUCUUUGCCGAGAGGUCCAUUCUCCGAAGUGGGUCUUCCUCUUCUCGCCGGCGUGACCUUGUUUUCGUCGUCAAUCCUUCAGGGGCUAAUGGGAGGACUGGUAAGGAGUGGAAGAAGCUGCUUCCGUAUUUGAGGUCUCGUCUUGGUGCUGAUUGCAAUAUAUGCGAGUCUUUAACAUCAGGUCCUUCUCAUGCAAUUGACAUAACGCGGGAGGCUAUACGGGAGGGUGCAGAUGCUGUAAUCGUGGUGGGAGGAGAUGGAACUUUGCAUGAGGUUGUGAAUGGAUUCUUUUGGGCUGGAAAACCUGUUACUAAUUACGAUAAAGAGGCCACCCAUUCAACUGCCCUCGGUCUCAUUCCCUUGGGAACUGGGUCUGAUUUCGCCAGAUCAUUUGGCUGGAAAAAUAAUCCGUAUGAAGCCAUCGAACGCAUAGCCAAAGGACAGAGAUCACGAAUAGAUGUUGGAGUUAUUUGUGGAGAAACUGAUGAACCUCAUUACUUUGUUAAUGUUGCUGACAUUCACUUGAGUGCAAAAGCAGGAUACCAUGCUUCUAAAUACAAGAGAUUCGGAAACUUGUGCUAUGUUAUUGGUGCUUUGAAAGGCUUUAUCGGGCACCGUAAUCAGGACCUUAAGAUCAAGGUCAAUGAAGGGGAGUGGGAAGUAUAUCCUCAAGUAACAGCCCUUUGCAUUGGAAAUGCAAAAUACUUUGGUGGUGGCAUGAAAAUUACACCAAAUGCUGAUCCUCAGAAUGGAAAAUUUGAGGUUGUGAUUCUUCAGGACUUCAAGUGGUAUGACUUCCUCUUAAAGCUGCAUAAGCUGUACAAUGGAACUCAUCUAUCAGUGGAAAAUGUAUCUUCAAGAAGUGUGCAUUCUAUUGAAGUGGAGGAGAUUGCAGGAAGUGGCAACAUAUAUGUUCAAUCAGACGGCGAACAUUUAGGAUUCCUGCCUAGAAAAUUUUGUAUAUUACCUUCUGCAGUUGAGAUGAUAUGUUGACAUUCUGCUGGACUUGUGCUUGGUGGUAAUUCAAGAGUAGCAUUCGCGGAGAUAUCUAAGCAUCACAACUGAUGCUGCAGAGAAAAUAGACUGGAACAUUCUUUCCCUUGGAAUAAUCAAUCAGACAAACUAUAAUACACACACGAGUGCCUACAUAACUGAAGCCAAACAAACUAUGAUAGAGUUACAGAUCAACAUAACUGAUCAUCUAACUUCUAACAACUUUCUACAAUCUCCAAGCAAUCAUAUUGAAGCUACUGAUGUGAUCGUCCAUGCUGGCUCUUCAAGCUACUGGUAUUGAAUUUAAUACAUUUUGGUGUGAAUAAAUGUUAAACUGCAGUAUUUUCCUUUACUGGGGCUUUGCCUAUUUUUCUUUGUAGUUCAUUCUUCCUCACUCUGAAGGCAAAGGAUUUAUAAAACUCGUAGACUUGAACUUUUGUUGGUAGCUGCAACACAAAAACAAUAAAUCUCAGAAAUAGGUAACUGUGGCUCAAAGAUAAGAUAAGAAACCUAAUUGUGGCU